AUGUACUUAGUCGGUGCAGUACCCAAUACAGUGUUCCGCCCAAAACGACAAACAUACGUUUAUGAUGAAUCACUGAAGAAAUACGCUAGACCCCAUCUAAGGACAAAGAUUAUGACCGGUACGGUUGGACGAUACGCACCGCAUGAAUGGCCCGAUUGGUAUACACGCACUCUAUUUAAGUGGAAUGGAGAGUUCCGUAUGGGACCAUAUCAUCCAAACGACGUGCGUUAUGAAAGAUAUAAGCUUUCUAGAAAUCAAGGUGUUAAUUUGAAUAAGCUGCAACAGCGUUAGCUCUUCCAACAUUACAGCUACAUUCUAUUUUAACUCAAUGCGUCUAUUUAUUAGCUGC